UACCAUCUAUCAGGACAGUACCAUGAAAAUCUACAUAUUUAUUUUUGCGGUGGCAAUAUUUACCGGUGUAAUUGGUUCACCGAUAGCAGAGACUGAUCUCCUCGAAUUCCUUGGAGGUCGCAUUGACGAAACGGCGAAUAUCUUUAUUGGACUGAGUGAAGCUAUACCUGAAUCUAAUCCUUUAAAUGGAAUACUCGUAGAUCUGGGUCAACUUGUUUCUUUUAUUGGCAAUGACGUAAUUGAUAGGACAGCUGGAGAUUUCGCGAGCCAAGUUUCACAAACUGUUGAUCAAGUUGGUUCUGCCGUCGAGAGCGUUCCUGUUGUCGGCUCUAUUGCAUCAGGCGUAGUGGAAGCAGCUUCACCAAUUUUGAAAGCUGUAGGUGGUGUGAACUAACCUGGAUUUUAUUAAUUCUGAUUCAUGAUGACAUAUAAAUAAAUAAUGAUUCCAA